AAGCCUAUAUGUACUCCCCUGGCUGCCGUAGAACGACAUGCCGUGUUCCGGUUUGUGGUGACCGAAGCUAACUGCAAAAUGUUGCUGUCAUGGACUUGGUUUUUGACGUUAUUAUUAAGUUUUGUGGGACAACAUGUCACGUUUGCAUUGCAGGACGUUACUGUUGAUUUAUUUGGCCCGGAGAAUUUUGGUACGGUAGCGGCUUUCGGUGACUUUAACUCUGAUAAACAGACUGACAUUUUCAUCAUCAGGAAGCAUUUUGAGUUGGUGAUUUUCUUGGCUGAUCUUAAAGCUCCUUAUUUCAAACCUAAAGUCCAUCUGACUAAAGAGGCUUUCCCUAGUGACUUCAGCAUAACUAGUGUGGUCCCGGGUGAUUAUGAUGGAGACUCUCAGAUGGAUGUGCUUGUCACUGGCUACCAGAAGGACCUCUCCACACAAACAGUCUUCAUCUUCUGGGGGCAUAACCAAACUUUGGACCAGAGUAGUAAGGUAGGGCUGAACAGGACCUUUGAUGAUCAGCCCCUUGUCAUGGACUUUAAUGGGGACAUGAUUCCAGACAUUUUUGGAUCUGUGGAUGGUUCAUCAGAGGUUUGCUAUCUCAGGAGUAGGCAACUGAAAUGCGAGAAUGCUCUCAACUUGGAAGGCAAAAUGCGCGUCCCUCAUUCCAAUACUUUCAUUGACCUUAACAAGGACUUCACCGCCGAUUUGUUCCUCACCACCAAAGAUGGAUUUGAGACCUGGAUCAAUAAGGAUGGGAACUUCGCCCAAACCCUGUCUGUAAAGGCACCGGAGAAUGCUAAGAAAGUGGGUCAAUCUGCAUUCGUAGACUUCGACGGUGACGGCUCCCAGGACCACCUGUUGCCGGUCUGCAUGGAUACUGAAUGUGAAAGAAGUGCAAUUUACCUGGCCAAGCCUGGAGAGAAAGAGUGGGUGCCGGUGCUAACGGACUUCAGGAGGAAGGAUUCUGUGUGGGGAUUUGUGUCUUCAGACAUUCCCAUCACCCUGCAUUUAGGAGACUACAACAUGGAUGGCUUUCCUGAUGCCCUCGUCAUUCUUCGUAACACCAGUGCUAGCACACAGCAGCAGGCGUUCCUGUUAGAGAAUGUGGCGUGUAAUAACGCGAGCUGUCGGCAGGCGGGCCGCAUGUUCCGUGUGCACUGGGAACAGUCAGACCUCAGUGCCAUCCCCAAGGCUGUUGUGGCCACUUUUUUUGACAUAUAUGAGGACGGUAUAUUAGAUAUGAUCGUGCUCAGCAAGGUGGAAGGAAAGGAAGAGCUCGUCAUCCACGCUUUGAAAAACAACUUUGAGGCCGACGCGUAUUUCGUAAAAGUGAUCGUGCUCAGUGGCCUGUGCUCCAAUGACUGUCCAGAAAACGUCAAGCCCUUUGGUGUGAACCAGCCUGGCCCGUAUGUCAUGUACACAUCAGUGGACUCGAACGGUUAUCUGAAGAACGCGUCUGCGGGGCAGCUCAGCCAGUCGGCUCAUCUCGCGCUCCAGCUGCCCUACACCGUGCUCGGUCUGGGGCGCAGCGCCAACUUCCUGGAUCACCUGUUUGUGGGCAUCCCCCGGCCCCCUGGAGGGAAGGACGUGAGGAAACAGGAAUGGACCGCUAUCAUUCCUAACUCCCAGCUCAUCGUUAUACCAUACCCACAGAAUGACCCUAGCAGCUGGAGUGCAAAGCUCUACCUAACCCCCAGUAAUAUAGUCUUAUUGACAGCGAUAGCACUGAUUGGCGUGUGCGUCUUUAUUCUCGUCAUCAUCGGGAUACUACACUGGCAGGAGAAGAAAGCCGAUGACCGGGAGAAGAGACAAGAGGCCCAUCGCUUCCAUUUUGAUGCCAUGUGAGAAACCGGAGAGAGCGUGGAGAAUUUUUAUGCAUUUAAUAAUGUCUGAAAUCAGAGGAAUCCAUCUAAAUGUGAUUAUUUUGAACAGUGAUGUCUCUGUGGAUCUGUUGACUUCUGAAGAGAAGAGGUAUGUUUCUGUCAAGUUUGUUUACAUGAUCCUAAACGCAUAGUGAUGUUUGCACAUUGAGAAGAGAGAAAAGUAUUUCGUGCCAUUUUUGUACUUCGGUUUGGGAUAAACAUGUUAUUUUAAAACUUUAUUUUUCUGUAUCGUUAAAGUGACUGGUAAAUUUCAAGUGGGCAGAAAUAGAACCGGUAAUUUUCUCUUGUUUUGUUUCAAGUUUUCUGUUGUGUGUUUUGAAGGACUUAAUUAAUUGUCAGCCUCUGUGUCUAUGAAUGUGACCGCGUGAUAGUUCUUUCACAUCACUCAACCUCUUUACUAAAUAAACGCUUUGAAUCUAAGCGCUAAAUUAGGCCCCCUGUUAACAAAGGUGUCCUCUGCAAACUGAUUUUAAUAGACAUUUAGCAGUAUAGAGUCAUUAAAAAUGGCAUCAUUGUUUCACAAUAAAGUAUUGCAUUGACUCUCAACACUCAGUGCCAACCACAUCCAAAUGAUUCCCCAGAGAGUUCAGUGUUUUGAUUCAUUAACUUGACACUGGAUAUCAACAUUAUAUAGGAAGUCAAGUCCCCAAUCUUAAUUGCCCAUAGUCAACAUAAAGCAGGUUUGUUGUUUCUGCAUGCACUCUCUUCUGUUUGCAUUCUAGUAGUUCCCUUUGUGUCUGUCUUCUUUCCGAUUGUAAGGCACUGUUAUAAAUACUUCAACUCUGGGUUGUUUUUCCAUUGUCACUAAUGCCUUUAGGUACUUUUUCUUGAUUUCUAAGUGGUAUUAUUUAUUUCUUUUACUUGUUUUUAAAACACUGGAAAUUAAUAACGUGCUGCUGAAGAAUGUUCAGUGUGAAGGGUUUUGUUCUUAGCUGUAUAUGUCUGACAGGUGCUCUGAUCCAUGCAUUGAUUUAUAUGCUAAUCUCUUUUACCAUUAAAAAUGGUGUUGUUACGGUGCACCAUAUGCACAUUAAUUAAGUGACUUCACUAUCAAAGGCAAAAUCAAUUGACAAACCGCAAUAAUACAGCUGCAUACUAGACCUGCAUGUUAACUGGCAUGCAAUUAUUGCAGAUGGUUUUCACUAAUUGUUUCUGGUCAGGUGCAUAUUGGUCCUAACAGGUUGAGCAUCUGUGCUCUGUUUUAAUUAUUAAGGAAUCACUCUCAAAUGUUUUGGUUGCGUUUAAAUGCUGUUUGUCAGGAGAUGUCUUUUGAAAUGUAGUAUUGAAAAUAAAC